CUCUACAUCAUAACCAGACCACUCGCUAGUUAUGCCUUCAACAAUGUCCUCCUGGAGUGUGAGGAAGCCUGUGAUAACGUACUCGCGGAGCAAGAAACGCACAUUUGCCGACGAAGAGCCUGCGACCAAACGCAGGCGCAUCGAGAAUUCGGAAGAUGAGGAAAAAGGAAAUGCGCUCGUCGCGAGCCCUGGAGUAGAGGAAGUCGUCGAGACAUCCUCACCUAUAACCAUAGCACCUCCACCAACUUCGAGUCCCAGAGUAGCACAGGAUGUCUCCUCGGAUGAAACCACUGCAUCAACACCACCCUCUUCUCCUCUAGUCCUGUCGUCGUCGCCUCCGGCACAAGGUCACCCACGACGACCCCUUUUCUCCAUCUUCAAGAAGCAACAGAAGCCGCCGACGGCUCCCGCAAGUGGCGCAUUAUCAGAUCGAAAUCCCAACAUCCCAUCCCCGGCCGCCCCUCGCCCCAAGAAAAAACGUCUUGUUCAGAUGCAGCUCGACCUCGUGGGAGAAUUACGGAAGACGUGCAAAGUCUGCGGAAUGGAAUACAUACCAUCAAACACCGAAGACGAAAACCUCCAUCGGAAGUUCCACGCCAUGAAUGUGGGAGGGGUCGAUCUUACGAAGCCGUUCGUGAAAAGAUUGAAACAGAAGGAGGUGUGGAGUGGAGGUGGAGGUUUUGUUGCUGUUGUAGGGCGGAAGGAUCCUGCUGCGCUGAGGAACAAGGCGGUUGAGGUGUUGAAUGUGGUGAAUACGGAGCUGGCUGCUGUGGCGAUUCCGGAAAGGGAGCUGUGGAGUGAAGUACAGACGUCAGUUUCCGAGCCCAAUGCUGUCCAAAACAAAAAUGGGACAAUGGCAGCUACAGCAAAACGGACGGCUUCCGCAGGCGACCGGUUCAAGGCGUAUCUUUACAUUCAAGGCAACAAAUGCGUCGGCGCAUGCCUUGCCGAGCGGAUCCAGGAGGCUCAUGUUGUCGAGAAUCAAGAAGAAGCGGCAAAGGGUCCUCAAACCACUCCUACUGAAUCCGAGAGCUCUUCCAUCUCUGUUGGGACGACCACUGAGCCUGCCAUUCUUGGGAUCUCUCGCAUAUGGACAAGCAAUUCGCAUCGAAAUCAGGGCAUAGCUACGAGGUUGCUAGACGUCGCGUGUACCGACUUCUUAUAUGGGAUGGCUAUCGAAAAGGAGAUGGUGGCUUUCAGUCAGCCAACGGAGAGCGGAGCGAAGUUGGCACGCAAGUGGUUCGGACGACGCGCCGGCUGGCAUGUUUACAUUGAUUGAUGGUUGGUGUGCCUGCGGUACUGAGGAGAGGGAUGGUUCCGAGGUCGUUAUGUCAUUUGAUACCCCCCGUACGAGCUGUGAAAGAAAGAAAGCCUAAGGCAUCCCAGAAUU